GAGAUUGCCAUCUACCCUCGCCUUAUCACGACUGGCCUCUCUUUCUGCCUGUCAUUCGCUCUUUCAGAUUGCAAUCAACUUCGAUCGCCGGUUUGCUUGCACCGCCUCUCGAUCGCCGCCUCUCAAUCAACAACUUUCUUGCGCUGCCUGUUAAUCUUGAUUCGUUUCGUUCUCCUUCUCGUUGCAGGUUUGGUUUUGGCUGGGUUCUUCAGGACCAGUCCUUCGCCUUUGACCCUCUCUCCAACCUCUGGCUCCUCCUCCCCUCCCCUCCCCUCCCUCAACUUCCCUUCCCACCAUCACUACUCCCACUCCUCCUUCCUCGGCACCGACGGCUUCUUCCUAAUCACCUCCCCCAUCCGCACCUACUCCCGCAUCCUCAAACGUUCCUGGCGCCCCGCCUCCCCUCUCCACUUCACCCACGUCAACCCUCUUCCUCAUUGCAUCUACCAGAUAUGCCGCCUAAAUCAAGAGCUUCCAAGAGGAAAGAUUUUUUCCUGACACAUGUGCAACAAGAACUUACAGGUCAUGAGACAGCAGCAGCUUUGCACUGUUAUGAAAAUGAGGACACAGGUGGAUCCAGGCAAUAUAAAAAAAGAAGAAGGGGUAAUCAGGGCAAUCCUGAUUAUAUUGACAUAUGCGGUAUGAAUGAUUUAGCAGUUAUACCGCCUAAAUUCAGGACUUCAAAGGGGAAAGCCAUUUUGCGAACUCCGGAACAUGCGCAACAAGAACUUAUAGGUCAUGAGACAGCAGCAGUUUCACAGUAUUAUGAAAAUGAGGAUACAAGUGGAUUCAGGCAAUCUAAAAAAAAUUGCAGGAGUAAUAAAGAUAAUCCUGACUGUGUUGACAUGUGUGGUGGGAAUGAAAGCAUACCAGUUACAAGUUCAACCUCCUAUGGUCAGGCACUUUAUCAAAGAAGUUGUCAAGGUUUGGUAGUAGAGUACAAAGAUUCUGGUGACAGUUCGUUCCAGUGUAAUCACUGUGGUGCUUACUUUUGGAUAGGUGAGGCAUUAAUCAGCAGUGUUCGAACAAAUAACAAUGCACCUAUUUACAGUGGCUGUUGCCUAAAAGGAGAAAUUCAGAUUCCUUUGUCAGACUCUACACCGCCAUUUCUUCAGCAGUUACUAGAUCCGAACAAUGGUCGACAAAGCUUACUCUUUCGUGAAAACAUUCGGGUUUACAAUUCAAUGUUUUGUUUUACCUCAAUGGGUGCGAAAAUCGAAUCUGAUAUGAAUAAAAGAUCAGGACCUUAUGUUUUUAAAAUAUGUGGUCAGAUACAUCAUAUGAUGGGUUCUGCAUUACCUUCUGAAGGAGAACGUCCUAAAUAUGCGCAGCUAUAUAUUUAUGACACUAGAAAUGAGGUUUCAAAUCGUAUGAACGCUAUUGACCGAUGUCAUACUAAUGAAAAUUAUACAGCGCACCCGGGUUGCGCGCGCGCAUCUAGUCCAGUUCUACCGUCGUCUAUUUGA